AGAUCGAAGUAAAUCGAAUAGAAGACGGAUACCUACGAGCCAGAUGAAGUUAGUCUGCUGUUAAACCGUGAACUAGUCGCACGCUUCUCGGACACCUGCGCGAAGAUACUAAACGAUUUGUAAAUAUCUGUGUAAAAAGGAAUCGCCUAUCGAAAUUCUAAAACAAAGAGUGUGUGUGCAUGUGCGUUGUCGUGCGGGUUCUACCAAAACAAGAAUAACUUUGAUUUUUGCGAAUAGAAAUAAAAUAAAAACUCGAAGAAUAAGGAAGUGCGCUUCUACAAAUCGCGACUGUUGCAGCAUCAACAUUGACUUUAAUAACUGCGGGACGAAUUUGAAUAGGACAGGAGACAAGUGUUCGACACUCAAGGCAUCACUGAUCGGAAAAGGCAACUGCAACAAAAAUGUCUACCGUCACUUUGAGCAUAAAUGAAACCAAUACGGUCGUAGAUAGACUGGUGAAUUUCUUCGUAGAACACGAAGAUCUGCGAACGAAAAACUGGUUCCUAUCCAAUGCACCCGGACCUCUGUUCACCAUUUUGGCCGUUUAUUUGUAUUUCUGUUUGUAUGCUGGCCCGAGGUGGAUGCGUGAUCGGAAGCCGUUCGAAUUGAAGAAUACUCUGCUCGUUUACAAUGCUAUCCAAGUAGUCCUAAGUUGGGUGCUGUUUUAUGAGGGUUACAAGGGCGGAUGGGGUGGCCAUUACAACUUCAAAUGCCAACCCGUACUAUAUGCCACCGAUCCAAUCUCCAUGAGGAUGGCUCGAGCAGUCUGGUUGUACUACAUUGCUAAGAUUACCGAACUCUUGGACACAGUGUUCUUUGUAUUGAGGAAAAAGGAUCGCCAAAUCUCGUUCCUCCACUUGUACCAUCACACUCUGAUGCCGGUGUGCGCCUUCAUUGGUGUUAAAUACUUUGCCGGUGGACAUGGUACCCUACUUGGAUUCAUCAACUCUUUCAUCCACAUCAUUAUGUAUGCCUAUUACCUGUUGUCGGCCAUGGGUCCCAAGGUGCAGAAAUAUUUGUGGUGGAAAAAAUACAUCACCAUUUUGCAAAUCGUUCAAUUUUUGAUCAUCUUCGUCCACACACUCCAAGUUCAAUUCCAACCCAGCUGCAACUUCCCCAAGCCAAUCGCUGCCCUGUUGACCUUCAAUGCGGGUCUCUUUACAUACAUGUUCAGUUCUUUCUAUGUCAAAAACUACAACAAGGAACAGAAGAGGGCAUCCCUCAAGAAGAAAGCAGAUGCAGCCGCUGCCGCAGCACUCAAACAGGACUAAAGACAUUUCCGAACUAGCCUGUCUUCACAUUCUUUUUCGGGAUUUCGCGAUGUUGUGAUGCCGUCGCGUGCCUUUCGAGCUUCGAGUCGCAACCAUCUAUCUUUACUUCCGACCCCACCAUCACUUGUGUUUUCUUUGGGCUUUAAGCUAAGGGUACUCCAUUUAACUUUUCUCUUAGGUCUUUCAAAGAAAGGCUAGAAACAAGCUAAGAGAAUUUGCUAUUAUUUUGUUUGUAUGUAUAGAUGUUAAGAUAAUUAUGUAGAUCAUUUUCUUUUAGGUUUAAGUUUUGUUGCUUUCCAGCCUUUAAUUCAUCAUCUGGGGAUGAUCAAAUCCUUCAUUAUGUAGAAUAUAAGACUUCCUUUUUAAGUAUGUACUUGUUAUAUUUUAAGUAAACCAAUGAUGUCGAUAUACCAACUGAAGCCAACAAUAAAAGUAUAUUAAGAAAUUGAA